GGCUGCAGUGAUGGGCACUGAUAGGCUGCACUGAUGGACACUGAUAGGUGGCACUGAUGGGCACUGAUGAGGAGGCACUGGCAGCACUGAUAGGCGGCACUGACUGGCACUGAUUGGCAUUGAUAGGUGGCACUGACUGGCACUGAUGGGUGACACUGAAAGGCAGCUCAGAUGGGCACUGAUAUGUGGCAUUGAUGUGCACUGGUAUGCACUGAUAUGUGGCACUGAUGAGCACAAACAGCUGGCACUGAUGGACACUGACAGGUGGCACUGCUGGGGCUACACUGAUCAU